AUGUACCGCGGCAUCGGAGCCAAGCUCGUUGACCUUGUCCCACAAAUCCACGACGCGCCCCCAUCCUACAACGAGACCGAACCUCCACCGCCUCCUCCCCCCAUUAACGACAAGAAACGCCGCCGAGUCGAUAGCGAAGGCAAAGAGAGCAAUGCGAUUUCCGAGAUUUGGGCCGAGCUCAAGGCACGAGACGAGCGCGACCGAACGGUACAACACGAACUGUCAGAUCUGAAGCAAGAGAACAAAUCCCUUCGAGAAGCGCUCGAUCAAAUCCGCCAGCAAGUCGCCACGUUCCACCAGAACCUGGACACCUUGAAACAAGACGUGGAUCACCUUCAAGGUCAAGACAAACACACUGCCGACACUCUGGAAGGAUACGAUACAAGACUGGUCGAGUUGCGGGAUGAUCUGGAGGAUCUUGAUGCCAAGGUCGACUCAAUCCAGGAACAUCGUGAUGAGAAUGGCGUGGCUCGCGACUUUCUUGACAAAGUUCGCAGUGAUGUGUAUGAUGAUAUUAUCACGCGUCUCACGGGCUGA